UCCAGCGCCGAGCCCAGCUCGAGGCCGCCGGCUCCGCCGCCGCCGGGGCGCGGGCUCUGAGGGCGGGCGGCUCCCCUUGCGCCUCAGCGCUUGUGGCCCGGUGCCGCCGCCCCCCCGCGGGACCGGGCGUCACGGAGGAUGAGCUGGUUCAACGCCUCGCAGCUGUCCAGCUUCGCCAAGCAGGCGCUGUCGCAGGCCCAGAAGUCCAUCGACCGAGUGCUGGACAUCCAGGCCGAGGAGGGGCCCUGGCCUGACGCCGUCAUCCCCGACUAUGGUGACGGAACAAAUUCUCUCAUAAGUGGAGGAUGGGAUACAUCUUCCUGGGGCUUAAGUUCAAAUACAGAGCCACAGAAUCAGCCAGCGUCACCGACAGCAAUCACUAAGCCAGUGAGGAGGACGGUAGUAGAUGAAUCUGAAAACUUCUUCAGUGCCUUUCUCUCUCCGACAGACGUUCAGAGCAUACAGAAAAAUCCAGUGGUGUCCAAACCUCCAGCCAAAUCACAGCGACCCAAAGAGGAGGUAAAAAGCACUUUAAAGGAGUCUCAACCCCCCAGUCAGCUGGAAGUGUCGGUGACGACAGAGGCAGAAGUGAAGGAUUCCUCUGUAGCUGGCCUGGUGGACUUGAAAAACCUUGAUAUUCCCAAGGAGAAACUAGAAGCUAAUUCUGUGCUAGUAUCUAAUACCAAGCAUGAAGAAAGCACAGAUGAAGUUACUGACAAAAAGGUGUCUGCUCUAAAUUUGGAAAUACCUGAAGAUGCUCUUAAUGAAAAGAACAGUGCAGGAGGGGAAGGAGCAGGGGGUGCACCAGGCAGUGCUUCACAGCCUUCUAAUGCAGGUACAAAAGACUUGGGUUUGGAAACUAAAGAGCGAAAGACUGAGGACAGGCAAAGCAAUACACCAUCACCUCCAAUUAGCACUUUCUCCUCGGGGACAUCCACAACUAGUGAUAUUGAAGUUUUAGACCAUGAAAGUGUAAUAAGUGAGAGCUCAGUAAGUUCAAGACAAGAAACAGCAGAUUCAAAAUCCAGUCUUCACCUAAUGCAAACGUCAUUUCAGCUUUUAUCUACGUCUGCCUGUGCAGAUUAUAAUCGCUUGGAUGACUUUCAAAAAAUGACUGAAAGCUGCUGCUCCUCUGAUGCUUUUGAAAGAAUUGAUUCAUUUAGUGUACAGUCUUUAGAUAGUAGAAGUGUAAGUGAAAUAAACUCAGAUGAUGAACUGUCAGGUAGAGCUUCUGCUUCGGUGUCUGUCGCUGUCAGCCCUUCUGUGCCAAAGACAGAAAUGGUUGAUGCCCUGAAAAAUCAAUCUGAAAAUUUGAGUGAUGCUCCUAUUUUACAUGCUGAGGAAGCUGAGAUGGAAGAGAGUGGGAGAAGUGCAACCCCGGUGAAUUCUGAGCAACCAGAUGUUUUGGUUGCUACUGUGCAAACUGCUGAAGAACAGGUUGUGAAAGGGGAGACCGAGCCACAGCAGGAUGCUGUUGAGAAGUUGUUAGAAGAGGACACUGAAAAGCAAGAGCUUAAGAAGAUGAUUGAUUCAUUAACUGAGAAACUGGAGAAGAGGGAAAUACAGUUAUUAAGUACUAGUAAAGAAAAGGCUCGCCUGGAAGAAGCUUAUGAUAACCUAAAAGAUGAAAUGUUUAGAAUGAAAGAAGAGAGCAGUAGCCUUUCAUCUCUUAAAGAGGAGUUUGCUCAGCGGAUUGGGGAUGCUGAAAAGAAGCUCCAGCUAGCCUGCAAAGAAAGAGAUGCAGCUAAAAAGGAAGUAAAAACUGUUAAGGAAGAAUUGGCCACUAGACUUAAUACCAAUGAAACUGCUGAUUUACUGAAAGAAAAAGAAGAGCAAAUCAAAGGAUUAAUGGAAGAAGGAGAAAAGCUUUCCAAACAGCAGCUGCACAAUUCUAACAUUAUUAAGAAAUUGAGAGCCAAAGAGAAAGAGAGAGAAAAUACUAACACAAAACAGAACAAAAAGAUCAAGGAAUUGGAAGAGGAGUUGCAACAUUUAAAACAGGUGCUUGAUGGCAAGGAAGACCUUGAGAAGCAACAUCGAGACAGCAUUAAACAACUGAACAGUGUUGUAGAACGACAGGAAAAGGAUCUUGCUAAACUUCAGGCAGAAGUGGAAGACCUUGAAGAACGAAACAGAAGUGUUCAGGCAGCACUGGACAGUGCAUACAAGGAACUUGCAGAUCUUCAUAAAGCUAAUGCUACAAAGGACAGUGAGGCACAAGAAGCAGCCUUAAGUCGGGAAAUGAAGGCAAAAGAAGAGCUCGGGUUAGCUCUGGAGAAGGCCCAGGAUGAGGCUCGACAGCAACAAGAAGCUUUGGCAAUUCAGGUAGCAGACUUGAGGCUCACGCUGCAACGUGCUGAACAGCAGGCAGCAAGAAAAGAAGACUACUUACGCCAGGAGAUCAGUGAACUACAGCAGAGACUUCAAGAAGCAGAAAGCCGGAACCAAGAACUAAGCCAAAGUGUUACGUCUGCUACACGGCCGCUCCUCCGGCAGAUAGAAAAUCUGCAAGCCACCCUGGGAGCACAAACCUCUGCGUGGGAAAAACUGGAAAAGAACCUUUCUGAUAGACUUGGUGAGUCUCAAACUCUUCUAGCAGCAGCUGCUGAGAGGGAACGGGCUGCUACAGAGGAACUUCUUUCUUAUAAAGUUCAGAUGUCUUCUACUGAAUCCCAGAACAGUCUUUUAAGGCAAGAAAAUACACGCCUUCAGACUCAGCUGGAAGUGGAAAGAAACAGAUUGAAGAAAAUGGAAAAUGAAAACAGUAGAUAUGAGGUUGAACUAGAAGGGCUCAAAGAUGAGUAUGCAAAAACCUUGGAAGAUGCAAAGAAAGAAAAGACACUGCUGGCUACUCAGUUAGAAAUGGAGAAAAUGAAAGUUGAGCAGGAAAGAAAGAAGGCAAUCUUUGUGCAAGAGGCAGCAAAGGAGAAGGAUCGAAAGUCAUUUACAGUGGAAACUGUUUCAAGUACUCCAACUAUCUCACGCUCUAGUUCCAUAAGUGGAGUUGAUAUGGCAGGUCUUCAGACAUCUUUCCUCUCACAGGAUGAUUCUCAUGAUCACACAUUUGGACCAAUAGCUACUGGUGGGAGCAAUCUUUAUGAUGCUAUAAGGAUGGGAGCAGGUUCAAGUAUCAUUGAAAACCUUCAAUCACAGCUAAAACUAAGAGAAGGAGAGAUUUCACAUCUACAGCUGGAAAUUGGAAACCUUGAGAAAACUCGAUCAAUAAUGGCAGAAGAACUGGUUAAAUUAACAAAUCAAAAUGAUGAACUUGAAGAAAAAGUGAAGGAAAUACCAAAAUUACGUGCACAGUUAAAGGAUUUGGAUCAGAGGUACAAUACAAUUCUUCAGAUGUAUGGGGAGAAAGCGGAGGAGGCAGAAGAGCUCCGACUGGAUCUUGAGGAUGUGAAAAACAUGUACAAGACUCAAAUAGAUGAACUCUUAAAACAGAGACAAAACUAAUUCCUGCUGGAACUCCAGAUGUUAUAUGAUAACAGAUUGUAAAGAUAAUUGUUUAUGUACAUGCUGAAUUUAAAUGUCUUGUAAAAAAACAACUGUAUUAUAGAAAGUGUGACUAUAUAAUAGGGUUCAUAUGUUGACAGAAAAUCAAUGCUUUAAGUGUCUUCUACUGUCUGCAGUUAAAUUAUUUGUGCAAUAUUUAAUAAUUGUCCCUCAGUCAUCCCUUUGUUUAAGUUUUUGCUAACUGGUGGGCCUUUAUACUUGUAAACAGUAGCAGAAAUGAUGACAGUUACCUCAUGAGACCACCACUGGAAGGUGAGAGUUUUACUAAAGCAGCCCUGGAUGCAUAAACCCUGUGUAUGAAAAUGCCAUUGGAAGAGUUUUUCAAGUGUUUUUAAUGUGAGUUUUUCUAAAAUCUCAUCAGUACUUUUUUCACAAUGAAGCAGCAGUGCUUUGUUAUCUGGACCAGAAUCAGUGACUGUUUUUGUGACAGGAUGAUCUCCUAUUUUUCCUUGUGGCAUCUGAAGGUGUUAGGAUGAGAAUUCUCAGUUCUUGGACAAGUCAGGUUAGCCUGGCUUUUACACCAGCUCUAAGCAAAGUGUGAGACUGGUAAGAACUUAUAAAUUACAGCCUCUCUUGUGUAUUCCUUGUGUUGUCUCCUGAGCUGUCUAAGAGCAGCUCUGCUUCUCAUUCUAAAUAUGUUUAACUUCUCAUACCACAAAUCUGAACUGUUCAAUAUUUGUUCUAGGUUUGAAUGCUGAGUUUUAACAGUAGCUCAAACAGUUCAGAUGAAUGCAGAAAAAUGACUUGAAAAAAAAUCACUUGCUGCUGCUCGUGGUUCCUUUUAUAUCAGUAGCAAAGUUUAGACUUCUUGCAAAAUUGUACUGUGACUUAAUAUAGUUUCCAAGCAAGUCUCCAGUGGCUGCCAAGUAUUUCUCACGCCCUUCCUUAAGCAAGAUAUUGGUCAAAUAGCAUCCACGUGGCUUCAGGCUUAGCUGCAUUUUCGUUGAUGUCAGAGGAAACAUUUGAAUGGUACCCUUGGGAAUGCUGAGAAUCGGCGAGAAGCUUCUUGUGCCUUCCUCUCUGCAUUCCAGACAAAAAUGUUUUGCUGCAUCUCAGAACUGGAGCUGUGAUUAAAUACUUGUGUCAAAUAGCAGUCAAAAUCUUUGCACGUGGUACCACUGCCUCUGUGGUGAGAGGUGGUUUUCUCAUCUGUGUGCAUUGUAAUUGGUGGUGUGGAGCUCAGAUCCUGCUUGUGUAUUCAGUGGCCUGAGACAGACAAGCUGUGAAUGGUGAGGAAUUUGCUUCUGGAGAAAAGCCUCUUGGUGAUGGGACUUUUCUACAGGUGUUAGGGAUUUACUCCUCACAGGGAGAACAGUGACUGAAGUUACACAGGCAAGGGUGUGUUCCUGGAAAAAAAUGUUUCUGUUUGAGAUUCAGACGGUUAUUUUGAAGAUUUCAAUAAAGCCAUAGAGCAAGAACACUAAAAUCUGUCUUAACUCAGCAUCUGUCAUAGAAACUAACUGCUUUAAUGAAAUAAAAGACUUUUUUUUUCUGGAGGAGGUGGGAAGGAACUACCCCUCUUCCUUUGUUAGUUUCAGUUUUGGAAACCAAGGUGAAAUAGUUUUUCUUCUCAACAACUGAGAGUUUAACACUUUGCCUUCGUAUCGAGGCAGAGUUAGAUGGUCAAAGGUUCUUUUUUAAAAGACAAACCCUCCAAAACCCCAAACUCACACUCCACAUAAAUCAUUUGUUGGAACUUACUGAUUUGAUGUGUGUUAGAAUUAUGGUGUGCACAUAUUGUAAGUUCAGCUUUUGCUUUAAAAAAGGAAACAUUAGGGUGGUCAAAGGUGAGAAAUUCUAUUCACUUUUAUCAACUGAAGCAAAUCAAUACGUUGCUGACUUUUCACCUUUCUCCUUUUACAGUCUUGGUAGACAAAUACAGCACUCUCAAGGAAAAAAAAGUCCUUUGAACUUUUAUUUGGAGCUAUGGCUGCCAACCCUUUUAAGGUAACACUUCCUCUGUAAUAUGUGAGUAGAUAAAUCAUGCAGGGCUGACCUGCAUGAGCAGCUUUGAGUCUGUCUCCACUAUCCAGAGGUUUACAGGAAGAGCUGAGCUAAAUGGGAAAUUGUAACAUGCUGUCAGCAUUAACUGCUUCAGAUCUGAAAGCAUUUGUCAGAGAUGUUUAACUUCUACAAAAGUAAAUGUAAAUAUUGUUUUGACUGUUUCUUGGAUUCUUUAUUUGAAUUUAGUGCAACCUUUACUGUCACAUAAGAAUCAGAUGCCCUGCUGUGUCUUAAUCAUCAAAGCCUUACAAUACAAAGUGGCUGUUGGAAGGUAACUAGACUUCAAAGUAUUCUGGUUUGGUCAUCUCUGAUGUAAAUCUUGUAUGCUUGGUUUGAAUGAACUUUAAUGGCUGCUUGAACACCUUAAGUUCACUGCUAUGACUGAGAUUGCCUUUUCUAGGCUUUAAAGGCUUGCUGGAAGUGUACUGUGCAGCAGGGGCUCAUUUCCUAUUGCAAGGCCUCCCAUCCCGUGAGAGGGCUAGGAGGAGGUACAGGCUAUGCUGGUCCUCUGGGCACUGUGGUAUGUCCUUCAUGAUGUUCUAAACCCUAGGGAUCCAUACAUCAGAGAGAGGGUUAGUUCUAUUAAUUUUCUUGUCCUGCUAUCCCUUUGUUGUAAUUUAUGUGCAUAUCUUUUACUAAGGGCUAUAAUGAUCCUGCGUGUGAAACACGAUGGGUUAUCGCCCUGUGACAGUGGAACCCUUGGUUUUGGGUUGUAAAAUGUGUAUAAACUGUACAAAGCAUGGGUCAGGGGAAAAUAAAACUUUGUGCUAAGA